ACGCAGCCCGCCCGCAACAGCCCUUCCGUACCGGCACUUUCGCCACUCGCCAAGGAGCCGUUAAAAAACUCAUCCCCUCCUCCGGUGCUCUCCGCCGGCCCUCUGCUUCCCCUCUGGAGCGGGAGCACCGCGCGGUGCGGCGGGAGGCUCGGGGGCGACGGAGGAGGCGGCUCGGCCGUGAGGAAUCUGCGGCCGCGGAACAGUGGGUGGCUCUACCUGGCGACGGCAGCGGCCGGGACAAGAUGGCGGCGCUGGGCAAGCAAUAUGGACUCAUUAUGCCCAAAAAAUUGCCACAGAAAAAUCUUGCUUCGAAGAAGCUCUCGGUGUUUGCAGAUGACUCUGACGAAGAGCCAUCUGUUGGUGAAAGUCUUCAGAAAGAAGCAUUGAAAAAACAAGCAAUGAAACAGACUAAAUUAGAGAUUCAGAAGGCUUUGGAGGAAGAUGCUACAGUGUACGAAUAUGACAGUAUUUAUGAUGAAAUGCAGCAGAAGAAGAAAGAAAGUAAUGCCAGCUUGUUAUCCGGAAAAGAUGACAAAAAGCCCAGAUACAUCCAACAUAUCCUCAAAGCAGCUGAGAUUAGAAAGAAGGAACAAGAAAAAAGAAUGGAAAGAAAAAUUCAGAAAGAGCGUGAAAUGGAAGGAGAAGAGUUUGCUGACAAAGAGGCUUUUGUGACUUCAGCCUAUAAGAAGAAGCUGCAAGAAAGGGCUGAGGAGGAGGAAAGAGAAAGGAGACAGGCAGCUCUCGAGGCGUACAUGGAUGUGACCAAACAGAAGGAUCUCAGCGGAUUUUACAGACAUCUUUUAAACCAGACGGUAGGGGAAGAAGAGAUGCCUAAAUGCAGCUUCCGUGAAGCCAGGAUAAAGGAAGAAAAAUCUGAGAGUUGUCAUGAUGAAUCCAACCAAAGGAACAAAUGCCCAUCUGAAAGGCAAAGACUGAAGCCCUCUGCUAAGAAGGAGAAUAAUCCAGAUGCUGAUACCGACUUAGAAGCUGAUAGUAGUGAUGACGAUAAGAGACAUAAAGAUAGUAAAGUAAAUUUGAAAGAGAAGAAAAGGAGAGAGAGCUCUGUGAGCAGUGAAGAGGAGGUCAAACGUCACAAGAGCCAGAGACGUUCCAGGUCACCAAGCUCGUCCAGUGUGGAGGAAGAGCUGCGCACAAAAGCCCAAACAAAUCAUCUUGCAAAGAGGGGAGAGAGCAGACCAAGCAGAAGGGGAAAUGAGGAGCAGUACAGGGAAAAAGAUUAUGAAAGAAGUAGGACCCACGAAAGGGAUCAUCAAAGGGAGAAGGAAGAACGCCAUAGAUACGGGGAUCACACUAAUAAAGAUAACUACAGGAGGAGGGAGGAGCAAGAUGAUCAACAAAGGGGGAAGGAAAGAAAAGAGAGGGAAGGACAUGGCAGAGAAUGGAGGAAGGCGAAGGAAAGAGAAGUGAAGGGCUCAGAAAAGGAACGAGAGAAAGACAGAAUAAGAAAUGGUAAAGAUAGGUAUAAUGACAGAGAGAAGGAGAGAGGAGAGAAAUCUAGAGAAAAGGAAGAUCGUGUGAAGGAGAGGAGAGAGAAAUAUGGUAGUGAUGAAAAGAAAUACAGAGAAAGGAGGGAAGGUACCCCUAUGUCUUUAGAAAAAGAUGGAGAGAUUGAUUUGGGAAAAGAGAGAGAGGUGGAUGAGAAGGGAAGAUCCAGCUCUGAAAUUUCGUCUGAGCAGAAACGUAAAGCUGGAGAAGGGGAGAAAGAACAAGCACAGAAGCCAUCUGAGAGCAUGAGCAAAUUUGCCAAACGGAGCAAUGAAGAGACAGUGAUGUCGGCAAGGGACCGCUACUUGGCAAGGCAAAUGGCACGUGUCGGUACUAAACCCUACAUUGAGAAGGAGGAAGAUUAAUGUCCCUGUGGUGGCCAGGAACACUUGGUCUGUCAACCAAGAGGAACAGCUGUUGCUGCAUGGACUCUUGUACAGACAUAAAAGUGUAUCCUAGCUAUUUAUUCCCGGCUUUCAUUUGAGAAAUGGUGUGUGCCAUAACAGAAGAACGACUUUUGAAAUGGAUUAAUGGAUCACUUGAUACACACCCUUAAUCUGUUUAUAUUAAAUUUGGCUGACUCUGUCCACCCUGCCCUUCAGUACUGAAUCCUUGGUAUUUGAAGAUUCUUGGACAGACCUCGGAGUGGUAAAACAUGAGGUGAGAACGUCCCCCCAGCGGCCUCUGCUCCUGUCAGCAGCUGAAACAGUGAGUUCUGCUCCAACAAGGCUGUUCUCAGGCCUUGGCAGGAGUCAUUGUUGCCCAGUGAUGCUCUCAAAAAUGAGAAACAGACCCAUGAAAGUAGGAAAAGAGCAAGAAAAACAGCCUGAAUAAUAACCUAGGAGAUUUCUGUACGUAGUAUGGUGUUUUGUAAGUUAAAUGCAUAUUGACAUGAAUUUUCUAUUUAUGUGUGGGCUUUGGUUUUGGGGACCUGAUGUACAGAAACAAAUAAAGUGUAAGAUAUGUACUGGA